CAGUGGAUCAUGGAUAAAGAAAGAUUAUUAUUUUUGCAAACUAAUUUUACUGUACGGCAUGCUGGUCUUCGAUCUUGCUCCGAACGUCCCUGUACUCUAGGACCUAGCAGAUAGUUGCGCUCGGUCGGUUUAAAUUAAUUUACUGUGAUGUAGGCCGGGACGCACCAAAGGAGCCUGCAAUGGACUCGGACGUAGCACUGCAGGAAGAGCCACUCACUCCAGAAGCGAUCGCAGCUUGCCGCGAGUAUCAAAUCGUGCGAUGGAAGGCAUCUACCGAAGAAUCAAAGCAGGCAGCUCUCAAAUUUCAACCUGAGCCAAGCGAUGUUAUCAUCACGACUUCACGAAAGGCAGGCACAACGUGGAUGACACAAAUAUGCCAUCAGCUACGCACCGGUGGUGAUAUGGACUUCACUGAGAUCACCGAGGUGGUGCCUUUCCUGGAAUGUGCGGGGGAUUUGGGACAGAAUUGUGAUGACAAACAGAGAGCUGAGCCAAGGCUGUACAAAACCCAUUUCACAGAGGCGUCUUGUCCCAAGGGCGGAAAAUAUAUCACAGUAGUACGACACCCGUAUGACGUAGUUGUGUCACAGUACAGGUACCAUGCAGACUGGAUGUUUCGGGCAGAGGAUAUCGAGAUGAAUCUUUACGUCCAGCAGGUUUCCCUCGGAGGCUCCGUACAUCUGCAACUGACGCAGGGAUACUCACAGUGGGCUCCGGCAUGUGAACACUACAUGGGCUGGUGGCCUCGACGACAUGACAAGGAUGUCUUGUUUGUGUUCUACGAGGACAUGAAAGAGGAUCUGGAGCGGGAGGUGAAGCGCGUUGCAGAGUUUAUUGGAGUUGACGACACCAGUGCAGUGGAAACCGCUGUGAAGAGAUCUACAUUUGACUACAUGUCUGAGCAUCGUGAGCAGUUCAAUGACAAUGUAUUGAAAGCUGCGAGAAACAUAGCCAUGGGUCUUUCCCCCUCGGCUGGCAUGCAGUGUAGCAAGGUGGCAACGUCAGGCGGUAAGCGACACUUGCUCAAUGAUAGAACACGAGCUCUGCUAGACGCCGCUUGGGCACGCACGUGUCUACCCGUGACGGGUGCAAAGGACUAUGAUGAAUGGAGACGAAUGUGGCAUGACGAGCAGCCAUGCACACCGUGACUCAAACAAUAGUAUGUUAGAAUACUGCAGUAGUGUGCUGUACAUCACGAUCAUGUGCUCUGUAUUGACCUAGUGCAUAGUGUAUUGAUCUAGUGCAUAGUGUAUUAAUCUAGUGCAUGGUGUAUUAAGCAGGGAUGAAUUUAUCCGGUAUCGCAUCGCAGUUUGCUACGCAAAAUUGAUCUACUGCUACUCAAAAAUCACAGUGACACGCAGAAAACUGCCAUACAUACACAUUCAGGCUAGCCAUGCUUUUUGUAGCUUACGCCACAAUUGAGAUUUUGCAUAGCAAAACCUGCUACGCAAAAACCUGACAGUAAAUUUAUCCCUG